CGACCUCGCAGCAGCGGCUGCCCUGUCGCCGGUGUUUGGCCUGGCGUCAGCGGUGGUGGGCUGCAUCCUGUUCGGGGUGACAUACCGCUACGCGGUCCGCGGCGACUCCUCCAAUAAGCACCUGCGAAUGGGGGUGGUGGCCGCCUUCGGACUGGUGCGCGCAUCCGGGGCAGCGGACAUGUUGCAAGCGGCAGCCGCAGCGGCGGGGGGAAGUGGGUUUGCUGGUGGGGGCGAGGGAGGGGUGUUGGCGCUGGCAACGGCGGUGGUGGCGCCUGCGGGUCUGUACGCGUUGGAGAGCUUGUUGCUGUUCGGGUUCGCAUCCGUGGCGUUGGAGGCGGCGUUCGCUCAAGGGUUCGUAAAACGCUUUGAUGGGCAGACGUGAGGGUUGUGUUGGCUGGGAGGGUUGGCAAGGGAG